UGUCCUCCCUUUUACAGCUUUGUCAUUCUUCAAAAAAGGAGGAGGCAGAGUGGGAGCUCUGGCGGCGUGUUGGUUAGCGAUCUCACUCAGCGCCCCCCAGAUACACAAAACAAAGUCUAAGACGAAAACAACAAGCUCCCUGCCCCUGUUUCAACGGGAACCAGUCCAUCCCCACCGCAACGGCGUCUCCAUCUAGUUUUCUUGUUCCUGGCAGGAGUCCACUUCGUUCCCGAGAAGAAAAUAUCGAGAUCAGACGAACCGCUUCAAUCCAUCAUCUUUGAUUUUCGUCCAAUCCGACAAGACGCGCGAACUCUCCUUGUCGAUAUCAUCUGUCCUAACGGGGCCCUGGUGAGCCAUGUCAACCACCGCCACCAUGACGAUGACCGCCGCCCCCGUCAUCGUCGAACCGGUCACCCAAACGUUAUCUACCGCUCCUUGCUGCCCACAAUGCGGUAUCGAUCUCGAGGGGACCCAACCCUUCUUGGAGAUGCAGGCGGCCGUUCUCGAUGCCCACAACAAGAUCCAAGAACUUCAAAGCCAAGUGCGCCUGCUCAACGAAAAGGCUUCAUCCGCCGUCGAUCGUUGGGCCGACUACGAAGACGAGAUAGCCCAACUACGAGGGCAACUCAAACAGCAGCAGCAACAACAACAACAACAACAACAACAACAACAACAACAACAACAACAACAACAACAACAACAACAACAACAACAAUCCCAGUCCUCCCCAGUUGCGUCCCAAAUAUCAUCACCGCAACAACAGCAACAACACGCCGAUGCAGCCCUCGCCACCCCUCCCCAAUCCGCAACCCCCUCCACCACUGCAACAGCCAACGCCUCCCCCGCCGCCCCUCGCAGCGUCAGCUCCGUCUCCUCCUUCCUGCCCACCGGCGCCGCCUCCCGUCUCUCCGCCUUCUUGACCUCGCGCAAAUCAACGCCCAACCUCAAAUCCGCCCAAUCUUCUACCGGCCCUGUUCCUCAUAUGCCAACGCACCAAUCCACCCUCUCGCAAUCGUUCACUCUAAGCAGCCCCCUUCAACAACCGUUCCAGUCCACCUCCCCGUCCCUUCAGCACCAAAAAGAGAUCUCCGACCUCCAGGCAGCCCUAUCCCAAGAGAAAUCCCUCCACACGGAAACCCGCGCCAAGCUAGCCAAAGCCGAAGCGAAACUAACCGCCACGUCGCGUGAGAUUGAGGAGUUAUCGGUGACCCUGUUCUCGGAAGCCAACGAGAUGGUCGCGUCGGAAAGGAGGGCGAGAGCGAAGCUGGAGGAGCGGGUAAAGACGCUGGAGAAGAGAGACGAGCAGAAGAAGGAGAGGCUGGAAAUGCUGGAGGGGGCGGUGAGGAGGAUGGAGAGGGUUAGGGACGUUUUGAAGGAGACUUCGCAGGUGAUGGAGCGGGGAACACAUGGGAGUGAAGAGGGAGAAGAGGAUAGUGAUUACGAGGGGAGGUUACCGGUGGCGGUGAUCAGGAGGCAGAACUCCAGGCUGGAUCUGGAUGAUUGACGGUUGAAAGGAAAAAAUAGUAAUAUCUAAUGGUAACCUCCGGUGACAUACAGGGAAGAAUGUUGGUAAUCCUAAUAUAAUGUAAUGACGGGGAUCAGUGGGUAUGUAACUUACUUAGUCUAGAUCUUGGUUUUGGGCUGGCAUCUGGCGGGGGGAAAAAGGGACACCAGGGGCAGGCAGGCAGGCAUCAUGAUGAAAUUGCAUGGUCGGCAGGGCUUGGUUCUUUGGAUAUAGACGGAGUCGGGAAGGAGCACACAUGGCAACAGCAUUUGCUGGAUACCUCUAGCACUCUAAGAGGCAUGAUAACAGUGACCUCGGAAUAAUCAUAACUGCAUUAAUUUGGGU